AUGCCAAAUGUGGGCCUGCUGCUGCUGCUGCUACUACUGCUCGUUCUGCUCCUCGCUUUUGCUUACGUGGGCGGUCAGAAGUUGUACCAGUUGGCGAGGGAGGGGCAGAGCUUGGAGCUGCCGGCGCGGCCGGUCACCAUCAGCAGCCUGCGGGUGUGGCGCUCAGAGACAAAUCCGCAAGAAGUGAACUUUUACGUGGCGUGCAGCAAGGGGACGUACAUUCGGUCCCUGGCGUACGACAUGGGACGAGCGUUGGGUACGGCAGCGCAUCUGGUUGCGCUGCGCCGCGAGGCGCCUUACAAGGCCUCCAGGCAGGCGGGCCAUGGAGGGAGCUGGGAGGGCUGCUAG